AUGGGCGCCUUACCGAGUAGAGAGACACAACGGCGUGGGUUGUACAGUCACCGUCAUGGGCGGAAUAGACGAAACGAAGUCGUUCUUGUUCCCCUCACCGCCGAGUUCUUCCCGGAUGCCCACUGUCCAUUGUUUGAACGUCUUUUCCAAGCCCGGCAUCACCGCACGGCGAAAUAUUAUUAUCGUUCGGUGCGGCCCACCAGCAGUGAUUGGGAAUCGGAUUACUACUGCCAGACCACCGCACAUGCCUACAAUCUAGACUUAAAUGACCCAGAGGGGGUAAACAAGGAUGGUCUCUUUGAGACUUCCUUUGCUGACAGUAUUGAGGGAUUAUAUCAUCGUCUGGUGCGAGAGACGGAAUAUUGUUUAUGUGAAACCGAUGAGGAAUUGCGGCAACGAUAUAUGGAACAAUUAAAACAACAACGAGAGGAAUAUCAACAUGGGAGUUAUUAUGAGUCAUCUGGUUUUCCUGGUGGGGUAAAGGAAGAGGGUUUUAAUGUUGGUUCCAAUGCCUAUCUCUCUGGAUACAGAGAUGCGAUGGGAUAUGUGAAAUGGAAAGAAAAACACACAUAUAAAAAUUCUGGUGGAACACAUGUAACUUCACCAGCUGCUUUUUAUCUUCGUCCAGUUCCAUGUGCCAUUCUUUCACGUUUUGAUCCUAAUAAACCAGCUUCAGAAGAAGGAGUGGAAUUUCUAGGAUCCACUGUAAAAGUACUUGGAAUGUUUGGUUUAUUUCCUGCUACUAUCCCCGUUAAAGUAAAUGGGGAAACAGUUGAACAGCAUAUGUUGAAAACCACCAUGUUUGUGGAUAAGGAUGUUGGAGAUCAAAUUCUUGGAAAUGUUGUGAUGCUUGGAGUACAUAUGUAUGUUCGACAAUGUAUGGAAGCCCGUAUACGAGCAACGGAUAUCCCAAUGUUGCCCAUUAUACUUCGUGCACCUAUAUCUAAUAUCCCCAUGUUACAAUUUGUACGGGAAAUGCGUGUUCGACUUCAGACAUUACUGGAUGCGGGUAUACCAAGAAAGAAUACACGAUCUAUGUAUAGUGGUCUUAAUGCUGGAAGUUGUAAUUCUCUCUCUGGUGGGGAUUCCACAGACGUUCAUGAUAAUAAUAAUAAUAAUAAUAAUAAUAAUAAUAAUAAUAAUAAUAAUAAUAAUAAUAAUACUAAUACUACUAAUACUACUAUGGGAUGGCAAGAGGAUAUUGGGUUUCUCUUUGAAGAAGAUAUACCAAGUGGAAUUUCUGAGAAGGAAUUAUUUAUGGAACCUUCCGAACUCAAAUGGUUAAAGAAUCAUCCCAAUCAAAAUACUAAUCCAGAUGGUGUAUUGCCUAUUCUUAUGAUGUCUGGCGUAAAUGUACAGACCACACCACUGAAACAUCCUUUGCUAUUCAGUAUGACACAUGUACGUGUUCCAGCGUGGGCAACAGAGAGUGCU